GGCCUGGGUGGCUGAAGGGAGAGGAGCAGACUGAGCAUGAGCAGUGGGGCCAUGGCUACAGGGCUUUAGCUCCACUUAAGCACAACACAGCGGCAGCGGCGGCUCUCUAAACGGAGAAAAACACAUUAAACCCGGACCGCGGAGGUACAACACUACACGGCUGCUUACUUAGAGAGCUGUUCUAGCUAAAUACUCAUAUGAAUUGAGUGGUCGGCCAAGACGUACCAGAGGAUGGCUGAGCAAAGAAACGGAUAUCGACAGUUGACCAAUGAGGAGGAGACACCUGAGGUGCCCCAGGAGUCAAGUGAUGCUCCCCCACCAUACAACAGCAUUGCGGAAGAUUCAGCUUUCUUUGAUUACAAAGAAGAGGGGAAUUACCCCAAACCCCCUUCAUACAAUGUUGCCACGUCUUUACCAUCAUAUGACGAGGCAGAGCGGACCAAGGCUGAGUCCUCUGUUCCUCUUGUGACACCAAGGGACGAGGAUUUUGUUUCCAGAGAGGACUUUGACGAUGUUGACCAACUGCGAGUCGGGAACGAUGGCAUAUUCAUGCUGACAUUUUUCAUGGCUUUUCUUUUCAACUGGAUUGGCUUCUUCUUGUCCUUCUGCCUUACUACUUCGGCAGCAGGGCGCUAUGGAGCCGUCUCUGGGUUUGGGCUGUCCUUGGUUAAGUGGGUCCUGAUUGUCAGGUUUUCCACAUACUUUCCUGGAUAUUUCGAUGGGCAGUACUGGCUGUGGUGGGUUUUUCUUGUCGUAGGGUUCCUGCUGUUCUUCAGAGGAUUUGUUAAUUACUCAAGAGUGCGCAACAUGGCCGAUCAUUCCUUCUCCACUCUUCCUCGGACCAGAGUGCUUUUUAUCUAUUAAAGAAUUUGCACCUCAGGACUAUUACAUCAUGAACAAAAUGGCAAAACUCAAGCUUCAAAUCUUCAGGACUUAAAAAAGCAGAGCAAAGAAGAAUAUGGCCGCUUUAAAAGUCUACACACUGCUAUUAAAUGAUUAAACGUUUAGGUACGUUUCUGUACAUUUACAAGGAUGUUAAUAGUCCUCUGAUCAUGUAUUUAUCAGCAACUAAUAUUCAGUGCAAUCUACCAUGGCAACAUUAAUGCAUUGUCUUCUGCUAAUAUUUCUUAAGUAGCACACACCAAACGUCAUAAUGAUCAGUCAUAAAUUAAGACACUUAAUUCCUUGCAAAAUUCAUAGUUUACCCAGCUGAUAUCUUGGGUGAUGCAAUGGGCCUGUUAGUUUUUCUCAUAAAUAGUGCUGGGGAAAUUUUAGUUUUACUUUGUGAGUAAGUAUUGUAACCAAACGUUUUUUUUUUGUGUGAAAUACAAAGAGUAGAUGUAUUAGGAACCAGACAAUAUCAGUUGUUACUUACACAUGCACUUUGACGAUACAUUGAAGGUAGAGAAACAGCCAAUUUUAAAGUCAGGGAAAUAUUAGGCCUUAUGCAAAAAUCUGAAUGGUAAGUCUUUCUCUAAUGGGUGUGAUUAUAUAAACAAAGCUUUUGCUGUUAUUAUGAUUAUUAAUAUUAUGAUUAUUAUUAUUACUAUUAUUAGGACCAAAAAAUCAGGACAAGAUGCAAAGCGUUUCAGUGUCAUGCAGUCUGAUUUAGCAUGCAGUGAAACACCUGAACAUGUAAAUUUAUCUCUUCAGUGAUCUGUGUUGAACAGCAGUUCAAGAUGCCAAAGUAGCUGUAGUUAAACCACUGACUCGUUGAUUUUUCUUAAUAAAGGUUUUAGUGAACGGCAUGUUAAUGAAAUAGCUCUGCACAAUGUGAUAUAUUGUGAUUUGUAUGUUUACACUUGUGCAAAGUAACUUUUAAUAAAGAUUGCUUCUAUAGUGAGCUUA